AUGGACGGAGCUUUAGAGAAAUCUGAAUGGGAGGUAUAUACCGGUAAAUUAUGGGUUCGUGAACGCAUUGAAGCUUUUGUCAAUAAAGAUAGUUUCGUUGAAAUAGGAAGUAUAGCAAGCAAUACUAAAUAUAAAGGAGAUGGAACUAUAAUUAGCUACACUCCGGCGAGGGUAGAAAAACUAGCUAAAAGAGAUGCUAUUGUGGUUGUAGAUGAUUUUACUAUUCGUGGUGGACAUGCUGAUAGCGCUGUCUGGGGAAAAGCAGUUCGACUGAUUGAUGGUAGUAGUGGCGAAGGGUCUAUAACAUUGUUGCUAGAAAAGGGAGCAACUAAUCUACCACCCUUAUAUGGCAUGCAUGAUAUGAUUGCAAGUUUAUCAGAAAUUCCUGUUGUUGCUGCAGCUCUUGGUCCUACUGUUGGACUUGGAGCAGCUAGAGCAACGCUUACGCAUUUCUCAAUUAUAUCUGCAGACAUUGGCUCUCUCUUUGCAGUUGGGCAUCCAAUUGUAGCUAAUGUAGCAUUUGAAAUUGUUUCAAAAAAGAAAAAAAAGAACUUGGUGGUAUUCUUUUGUAUGCCAUCUAAUACAAAUGAGCUACUGACUCGCUCUAUUACAGAGGGUUCUUUAGACCGAUGUGACGAUGACUUAUUGUCGAUUAUACCUAAACGUCGACAACGCAUGUAUCAAGUACGUGAUAUCAUUAUACGUGUCGUUGACAAAGGUUCAUGGUUUGAAAUUGGAACAGUUAUUUCUGCUUCUAGCUGUCAUAAGUUUAGACGUCAUAUGGAUUUAUGUAAUACCUUUGGUAUCCCAAUUAUUAAUUUAGCUGAUCAUGCAGAAUUUGCCGUUGGUGCUACAUUAACUGCAGGCGCAACAUUUGUAGAUAAUCGUAUUCCUAAUAUGCGAGCUGUGUGGCCGAGUGGUAAUUGGAGAAGUAUACCAUUAGAAUGUGGUAUUUACGCUGCUUACCGUCGAGAACUUGAUGCAGCAGAAGAAAAACGCAAUGAGUUAUAUGAAAAAUGAAUGUCAUAGUUUGAAGAAAUUCGAUCCCUUUUGCGUACAGCUGAAUUGUUUGAUAUAUCUGAAAUCAUUGAUCCUUGAGAUACGAGACCCUUAUUAUGCCACUGGGUUAAAAUAAUGUAUGAUAAUGUACUGCCUCAAAGACUUGAAAAAAAAAAACAAAAUUUAUGGCC